AAAAAUACACCAUCACAUAGUCAAAUCUACAUGUAUACAAAUGUGUAAUGUCGUAUAAGCAACAAAAAUACAGAAAUAAUUUAGAGAAUCUUCAUAAUGGAGGUGUUUUUGCCUUCUUUUGUAAGGUACGAAUAUAUAAAGAUAAAAAGAUGGCAAUUCCAAACUAAACACCAGAGUUCAAAAUGAAGAGUAAAGAAGAACUACUUCCCAGUGGGAAGGACAUUUUGUUCAAGAGCUUAUUCUUCCCAAUCCUAGGGUUGGUUCUUAUCACUGCUCUCUAUUUCUACUUACCACACAAUUUAUCAUCCCUAAUGAGUGAUCUAGACAUGAGGUCCAAUGAUUCGGUGUCCCUGAACAUGAAUAGCACUACAGCCACAGCCCUUCAUCCUUCCAGUAACGAUUCAUCAUCAGUAACCUCAGAACAGAAAUGUAAUAUAUUCCAAGGAGACUGGAUUCCAUUUCCAGAGGGACCCUAUUACACUAAUGAAACUAAAUGUGUGAUAGAUGAUAGACAGAACUGUAUGAAGUUUGGUAGACCAGAUUCCGACUUCAUGAAAUGGAGGUGGAAGCCAAGUGAAUGCGAGUUACCUCUCUUCGAUGCCAAGAGGUUCUUGGAACUUGUCAGAGGUAAGACAUUGGCUUUUGUUGGCGACUCCCUGGCAAGAAAUCAAAUGCAGUCCUUGGUGUGCCUCUUAGCUAGUGCAGCCAACCCUGUGGAUGUUUCCACCACGACAGACACAAGAUUCAGGCGGUGGCUCUAUACUGAGUACAACUUCACAUUAGCUGCAUUCUGGUCUCCUCACCUGGUUAGAACACAAGAUUAUGGUCCUGAGGGCUAUAAUGCAAGUCAUCUGAAGCUUUAUCUUGAUGAGGCUGAUGAAGCCUGGGCAAAGCAGACUGAAAAUGUUGAUAUUUUUACAAUCUCGGCAUCCCAAUGGUUUUUCCGACCAUUUAUCGGCUAUGAAAAAGGUCAAAUUGUUGGAUGCCAUAUGUGCAGCGAGAGAAAUAUCAGAAACUUUUCAACUUCCUACGGAUACAAAAUGGCUUUCCGGACAGCUUUCAGGACAUUUCUGAGCCUUGAAAACUAUAAUAACAAACUUGUGUUUCUAAGAACAUUCUCUCCAGCGCACUUUGAGAAUGGGGACUGGGACAAAGGAGGAAGUUGUGAGAGAACAAAACCAUUUAAAAAGCAGGAAAUGAAGUUAGAGAAGUAUGUCUUGGAUCUUUACAUGACUCAGGUGGAAGAGUUUAAGGAAGUCCAAAAAGAAGGGGAAAAGAAGGGCUUGAGGUUCAGAUUGUUAGAUACUACUCGAGCCAUGGUUCUGAGGCCAGAUGGGCAUCCCAACCACUAUGGGCACUGGCCACAAGAGAAUAAGACACUGGCUGACUGUGUCCACUGGUGUUUGCCAGGCCCUGUUGACACUUGGAAUGAAUUUUUACUACAUAUCUUACAUACUGAAGAGCCAAAUUUGGCUGGCAAAAAGCUAAAGAAAAAUGAGUGAGAAAAUUAUAAGGGCAUUUAUGACGCACACAGAGAAAAGAGCCUGAUAUUCAUCUCUACAGUGACUAUCUCAAGAAUGAAAACCAUACAUCGCAGUUACUUCAAAAGCCUCAAUUGCUGCUACAUCAAGCAAUAAGUUGCAUUAUGCUCUUGUGAUUUUACAACAUUCUUGAAGUUAAUGUUUAUGAUACCACAAGAGGAGACAAAAGAGACCUAAAGAUAGCUAUUUUCCCUACCACCAAAAAGUAUGUAAUUACAGCUAUUACAAUUGUCAGAAGUAACUUCAUUCAGCUUA